AAGUGUUCAGUUGAUUCCUUAAGCAAUGCUUGAGCAAAUGAAUAAUUCCAAUUAUUUCAGUAAGAUGACCCAUAUGCUUAAAGUUUAGGAUUGUAUUUAAGUACCUUUCUGAACUUGACUCCCUGUCUGUUUAGUUAUGUGCAUAACUCAGUUCCUAUUUAAAAGGGCUAAAUGCCUUAAGCAUCUCUUAAGUUUAUCUGGUUAAGUGUAUAUUGAAUUGGCUGUAUGUAAGUGCAUACUUAAGUUAGGCAUAUGCUUAUGUACAUUACUGACCAAGGAUCUAAAUUAGAAUGCAGAUGCACCACUUCAGGAGCCAUUUCUGCCAUUGGAUUUACUUGAGCCAUGUCUGUUGAUCCCGUAGAAACCUGUAUGAGUAUCCAGUUAAUUGCAAGAUGCUGGCUGUUCAGGAUAAGUGAUGCAGCCAACACGAACGGUUGUCAUGUGUAAAACAACUUUCGAUCACCGUGAAAACACCGCCCUGGGAAAGCGUCCAUGCUUGAUAUCGUUUGGUUCAUGAACAUUAAGUUUCCAGUACAGGUAAAAUCCCAGAUGAAGCCAAAGCCCUUUCUCUAUUGGCGCCUGCUCCUACUAUGACAAGCCUGAUGCCUGGUGCAGGGUUGCUUCCUAUACCUACACCAACCCCUUUGACUACACUCGGUGUUUCACUUGGCACUUUGGGGGCUAUACCAGCAGCAGCAUUGGACCCUAACAUUACGGCACUGGGAGAAAUACCACAGCCACCAAUUAUGGGGAAUGUGGACCCAUCCAAAAUUGAUGAAAUCAGAAGAACAGUCUACGUUGGAAACUUGAAUUCACAGACUACAACAGCAGAUCAGCUGCUUGAAUUCUUUAAGCAAGUUGGAGAAGUCAAAUUUGUGCGAAUGGCAGGUGAUGAGACACAACCAACACGAUUUGCUUUUGUGGAAUUUGCAGACCAAAAUUCUGUACCUCGAGCUCUUGCCUUUAAUGGAGUUAUGUUUGGAGACAGGCCACUGAAAAUAAAUCACUCCAAUAAUGCAAUAGUGAAACCUCCUGAAAUGACACCACAAGCUGCUGCCAAGGAACUGGAAGAAGUGAUGAAGAGAGUAAGGGAAGCCCAGUCUUUCAUAUCUGCUGCUAUUGAGCCAGAGUCUGGAAAGAGCAGUGAAAGAAAAGGCGGUCGAUCUCGUUCCCAUUCUCGUUCAGAAUCCAGGUCUAGCUCAAAAUCCCGAUCUAGAAGGAAAAGAUCACACUCAAAACACAGAAGUAGAUCUGGCAACAGAUCGCUCUCAAGACACAAGGACAGACGCAGAUCCAGAAGUCCCCUGAAAAAACGGUCUAGAUCUAGGGAAAGGCAGAAAUCAAGAAGUCGCUCUCAUUCUUGGGACAAGAAAAGAGACAAAGAAAAGGUCAAGGAAAAAGAAAAGGCCAAAGAAAAGGAGAAAGAGAGAGACCGAGACAAAGAGAAGGAGAGAGACCGGGACAGAGACAAAGAAAGGGAAAGAGAGCGAGAUAAAGAGAGAAACAGGGAUAAGGAGAAGGACUGGGAGAGAGAGAAAGAGCGAAACAAAGAUCGAGAGAGAGUCAGAGACAAGGAUAGGGACAGAGAUAGGGACAAGGAAAAGGAAAAGGACAAAGAUAAGGAGAAGGAAAAAGACAGGGAAGAGGUAGACCAGAACAAGGAAAAAGAUGAUGUUGAGAAAGAGGAGAAGGACAGAGAGAAGAUUAAGGACAAGGAGGGAGAUAAGGACAGAGGGGACAAAGAGAAGGACAAAGAAAAGGAAAAAGAUGAAGAUAAGGAGAAGAAGGAGCGAGAAAGAGAAAAAGAGAGAGAUGAUAAAAAGAAGAAAGAGAAGAGAUCCAGAACACCCCCAAGAAGCUAUAGCUCUUCAAGAAGAUCUCGUAGCUCCAGCAGAGAAAGGCGUAAAAGGAAGAGUAGAAGUCUCUCCAAGUCUCCUAAAACAACAAAAAGAAAGUCUUCACAAACUCCUUCUCCGAGAAGAAACAAGAAAGAAAAAAAAAGAGAAAAGGAUACAAAUAAUGAAAGAAGAGAAAGGGAACGCUCCACCUCCAAGAAAAAAAGUAGUAAAGAAAAAGAGGGAAAGGAGAAAUCUGACAAAAACACCACUACUUUGAAGGACAAAGAUCACACUAAAGAGGAUCCGAAUUCAGAAACUGACAAGGAAGUAGGCAAUAGAGAUACACAAAGGACAGAUCAAGUCAAGCUGCAACAGAAUGGGAACUGUCAACCAAAUGAUGAAAACCUCUCAAUUAAAAUGGAAGAGGUUUAAAGCAAAGAAUGGACCUCUGACUCAAGUAAGGAAUGAAAUCCAAAGCUUUUUAUUUCCCAGAAUGAGGAAGAAAAUGUCAAAGCAAUUAACCUGAACAUGGUGAUAGUACUAGUAGCUCUUCCAGUUCUUGCGAUAGCUUUGUCAAUUUCUUGCUGUAAAGCAAGAGAACACGGACUGUGAAAAGGCAGAUCCCAUCAGAACUACUCAUCUCUAAAUAUCCAUGCAUUUCCAUGAUGGCUGUACUUAUUUGUAAAAUGAUUUAUGUUAACUUUUGGUAUAAGCUGUUACAAAUAAGUAGAAACUGAAAUAUGUAAAACUGUACUAUCCAAAAAAAGCUGAAGAUAUGCAUUGAAGGUUGUUUAAAAUACUGCUUGUUGAUGAAUUUUGUAUUGUUUUACUUUGUGGGUUAAAAAAAUCCACAAAAACUUCAAUGUGUACUGUUUGAUGUGCUUGGAAAUGGUGCAUAAAUAUACACACUUUCUUUUGUUGUAAAUGAAAACUAUAGAAAAAGGGUUUUUAAACAUAAACACAGUUUUACGGUUCUUAUGUUAAAUGCCCACUGACUAGUUUGUUUUUCAUUUGCUCACUGCUUGAGAUUCUUGGGUUUUAUUUAAAACGAUUUCUUUUCUUACUAAUAUCCCUAAAAUGAGUAUUUCUUUUAAAGUAUUUGAACAACGCAUGCUACUUUUCUGUUCCUAAAAGGAACAUUGCCAUGUUAUAGAUAAUAGGUUAGCUUACUGGGUUAUUUUGUGGUUGUUUUGUUUUGUUGUUUAUUUUUGUCCUUCCAGAAGUGAGCACAUCUGUAUGAUAUUAUUAGAACUUACAGCUUUGUUUUGAGCCGUACUGCAGUGUGUCUGUUCAGCUGCAAAUAGUACAGGUGCCAUUAUGAAAAUAAUUUUUUUCUUAUUUGUUUAAAAAAAUAUGGGAGCACAAGCAGAAGCUUUAGUGCCUUCUUAAAAUAAUGUGGUAUUUUCUAGAAAUGUAUAUGUGCUAUUACUCAUUUUCAGCUAAAUCUUACAUGAUCUCUAUUGCUAUUUUGCCACCACUAUACUGUAGACAAGAAUGCAAGUGAUUUGUCAGAAGGAUUGUUUGAUUCACUUGUUAAAAUACUAAAGCUCCAUUUUUACUUUUAUUUUUUA